AUGAAAGAAAUUCUCAGCAUAAACUUAGGGCAAUGCGGAAUACAGGUAGCCAGUUGUUUCUGGGAAAUAUUCUUCAAUUCAUUGCGAAAACGCCAUGACGACCAAGCGGCAGCCCUGGAGGAAGUCCAAAGCUUUGUUUACCACCCAGAUAUCGAUUUACCUUGUAGAAACGGCCUGACAGAACCAUUAGAUAGUCUUGUCAGUAAGCUUAGGGCUCGUUGUAUCUUGGUAGAUACGGACCUCGGUACGAUAUCCGAAAUCAUGCAAAGAAAACAGCUGUGCCACAUUGACGGUGAAAAUAUCAUAUGCGGCACUGAAGCUACAGGAAACAACUGGUGCACUGCCUAUUUCAAUUAUGGACCGCAGUAUCAUGACGCCAUCGAGGAUUUGUUUGCAACCAACUUGGAGACUUGUGACGAAUCAUUUCAAUAUUUCAACCUCACCUUUGGGCUUUCUGGAGGCACAGGUGGUGGUCUGGGGAGCUACAUCCUCGACAUGUUGAAUGACAGCUACGGUAAAAUACAUCGUAUUUGCAACGUCAUAACCCAAGAUAGCAUGGCCGCGGUUUCCCCCUACAAUACGUUAUUUUGUCUGAAACACCUGAGCGAAAUGGGCACAAUGACAAAUUUGUUCUCCAACGAAGCUCUUUUGCGUCAAACAUCACAAUCUACAGCUGCAAUAUUACGUGAAUCUACGAAAAACAUACCGAACAAGGAGGCUGGAUUCAAUGCAGAGAAUGCCCUCAUCAGCACUCACAUGAAAGAAAUAGGCCUCGCCACCGUUAGUAAUAGAUACCCCGGUUUCAACAUGAGCUCCAUAUUGAACACAUUAAUCCCUUUUCCAGGGCCGAAUCUUAUGUGUCCAUCCAUGGUUCCCAAGCAUUUCACCAAGGAACCCGUCACCACUGAAGCGCUGAUCAACGAAUUGCUUCGGCCCUCAAAUCGUAUAUCCCCAAUACCACCGAAAGUAAAGACUUUUCCUAUGGCAAUGGCUAUACAUGCUGACUUUGACAGCAGCUCCUUAAAAUACAUAAAGCGCCUUAAGCUGCGACACAACAUGAUCGGUUGGAUGAGAGAUGCCGCACAAAUAUCGCUUCCUGGAGCAUUUGCUCAAGAUACUCUAACUGAUAAACCGAAAGGUAUGUAUGGAAUAAUACAUGACUGUUCCAUUUCUUCAUUUCUAUUGAGCGCCAUUUCCAAUUUCGAACGUUUGUACGCCAAGAAGGCAUUCUUGCAUCAUUUCAGCGACACAUUGGACACAGAAGAUUUUACACUGGCCAGGGACCAUAUAACGGCACUUCAAAAUGAUUACACCGAUAUAUCAAAAUACAUGGUGCCACCUCAUCGUUUACUGGAUGAGAAGUCGGUCGCCUCGUUGGGCGUGAAGCUGAAAAAAGUUAGCGACUCUCAGUGUAGAGACCCUUGGAACACCGUGCCAGGACACUUAGAAAGUAAUAAACGUCAUUGGUGGGAUUUAAAUGGCAGGCCAUUGUUGUGA